AUGAAGCCGUUCGCCAUCACCACGGCGCUCUUUAGCUUGGUCUCCGCCGCACUCGCUGGCGCAAGCACCGAGUCCAAGACAUCAAAGAUCAUCCGUCCUGCCGACUUCAAGCCUCCCCAGGUUUUUCAAAACGCCAAUUUGGUGCACGUCAUCUCCCUCGAGAAGAAUUACGUCAAAGAACAGAUUAACGUCCUUGUUGAGAACGUCGCGAAGGAGCCACAGACAGAGUACUAUGUGCCAUUCACCACUGAACAGCUACCUCGUGUAGGAGGUUUCGAGGUCAAGGAUCGAAAGGACGCGAACGCAGGGCCUUUUGUAAUCGAAACUGUUGAAUAUGAUGCCAACAGUGAUGUCCAGUACUACCGCAUUCAAUUACCUACGCCGCUCAAGCCUGGUGCUCAACAGACGCUCGGCAUCACUUACUACUACCUGAAGGCCUAUACCCCUUCUCCUACAUCCAUCUCCCAGAGGGCUAGGCAAUUCCUCGCCUACGACUUCUCCGUCUACGCACCAUCCGCCUACACUACGAAGAAGCAGAAGACCGAGAUCAAGGCCGGCACCUCCAACAUUCCCGAUUACACAAAGCUUCCUGGAAGUGGCGACGUCAAGGAGUACCCCGUCAAGCAAGGCUCCAAGCUUAUCUAUGGUCCUUUUGAGGAGAAGCCCGCCGGAGCCGUCUCCCCUGCUCGUGUUCGUUUCGAGUUCCAAAAGCCUGUGACCCACGUCAAGGAGCUGGAUCGUGAUAUCGAGGUCAGUCACUGGGGCGGCAACAUUGCCUUUGAGGAGUACUACGAUCUACACUAUCGCGGUGCCAACCUAACCGGCUCCUUCAGCCGAGGAGACUUCACAAAGGAUCUGAUCCAAGGCAAUCGCCCCAGCCAUGCGCUCUCCGACAUACGAGUUCCUCUCCAGGUAGGAAGUGUGGACGCCUACUAUGUCGAUGUUAUUGGCAACAUUUCGACGUCCCGAUUCCGAUCCAACAAGCGAGAGGCUCUGCUUGAGCUCAAGCUCCGAUACCCUCUGUUCGGCGGUUGGAAGGCCCCUUUCACCAUCGGAUGGAACUCGGAUGCUUCCAAUUUCUUGCGCAAGACCGCGACUGGAGGUUACGUUCUUCGAGUUCCUUUCAUUGAGGGCCCCAAGCAGCUCGAGGGUAUCGAGUAUGAGCAAGUCAACAUCAACGUCCUUCUCCCCGAGGGUGCUGAAAAUGUCAAGUUCUACACAAACGUUCCCGAGUCGUCCAUCAUGUCAACCUCGGUUGAUCUGACCCGAACUUACCUCGACACCGUCGGCAGAACGCAUAUCAGCAUCAAGGCAAGAAACCUAGUUGACGAGUUCCGAGAUCGACACCUCAUCAUCUCCUACGAUGCGCCUUUGUUGAGCGCUCUCCGAAAGCCUCUAAUCAUCUUUGCCAUGAUCCCAAGCCUAAGACCAAGUACUACUACCACGAAGAGAUCACGCCUUCUCGGCGAUACACCGGUCAUCAUCACCACCACCACCACCAUCAUCACUCAUCCUCGCGCUCUCCACGAGCCAGCUACACGAGUGUCUCAAGGCGGUCUUACAGUCACAGCCCGCGCACCAGCGAACGCGUUGUCUACGAGCGCCGUUGAUUGUCAAGAGAAGAGCAAUGGGCAAAUUGAAGUCGCAUUCGAUACAAUCGCACACAGUUCCUUCUUACAUUUUAAACAAUCAUAUGCGGAGGCCCACCUCGUCGUCAACAUGAACCGCGCGCUUUCGAUUCGCUCAAACAAAUCAAAAAACUCUGGCGCUUCUGCUGGUAGUAAGAAGGGAGGCUUCUCCUUCAACUCACUCAGAGGACAAGUCCUCCAGCCUGAACUGUCCCGUAAGCUCUUCCGUCUUAUCAAAUCCGAGAACAACCUCAUCGGCGCUCACGAGACGGCCGGCCGUGAACGAGUUUCAAUCGCAACUCAGUUGUCAGAAUGGGGUGAGCACACCGGUGAUGACAGCAUCAGUGACAUCUCGGACAAGGUUGGUGUCGUCUUGAGUGAGAUGGGUGAACAGGAAGAUACAUAUGCUCAUGCGCUUGAUGAAUCUCGAACACACCUCAAGGCUAUUCGCAACACUGAGAAGAGUGUGCAGCCUAGCCGAGAGAACAAGGACAAGAUAGCCGAUGAGAUUCAAAGGCUGAAGUUGAAGGAGCCUGGCAGCACAAGAUUGCCUGUCCUUGAACAAGAGUUGGUGCGAGCUGAGGCUGAGAAUCUCGUCGCAGAGGCUCAGUUGACAAACAUUACCCGACAGAAGCUCAAGGAGGCUUAUGCUGCCGAGUUCGCCGCCACCAUUGAACGAGCCGAGAAGCAGAUUAUCUUGGCAAAGCAUGGUCGUCGUCUGCUGGAGCUCCUCGACGACUCGCCUGUUGUACCUGGCGAUACCCGAGGUGCCUACCAGCAUUCGUCUCAGGCUCGACAGAUUCUUAACGAUGCCGAGGACGAUCUUCGCGACUGGCGACCCGAACCUGAGAGUUUCUCUACUCCUAUCCAGAGUCGAUCUCCAACCCUCGAAGGAAAAGGCAAAGAGCCGCAGAUAAAUGACGAUCGCAUGUCUCCCGUUCAGUCCGAGGCUGCCACGUUGGAGUCCGAAACGUCUCCUCAGGAGCAAAGGGGUAUUAAGUCCUCCGUUUAUGCUGAGGUCGCUGGCUAA